AUGGACGGUCAGCAGAAUGGAGAGGCUCGCGUGAAGCGUAAAGAACACCCAAGCUCUUCUCAGGACAGACCUCUGAAACAGCUCAGAUCAGAUGCUACCGCAGAAGAGCCCGUCAACGGCUUCGAACACGACGACGAAGCCGAUGCGCAACCCGUAAUGCAUGCCGCGACCACUGACUCUGUCGAAUGGCAGCGCACCAUCGAGACUGUCGUCUCAAAAGUCGUUUCUAUCCACUUCUGCCAAACCAGCGCAUUCGAUACGGACCCGGCCCUGUCGAGCGAAGCAACCGGAUUUGUCGUUGAUGCUGAGAACGGUUACAUCCUGACCAACAGACACGUUGUUGGUUCUGGUCCUUUCUGGGGAUACUGCAUCUUUGACAACCAUGAAGAGUGCGACGUCUACCCUGUAUACCGCGAUCCUGUUCACGACUUCGGUUUCCUCAAGUUCGACCCUAAGGCCAUCAAGUACAUGAAGCUCGCCCCUAUCGAACUCCGCCCCGACCUUGCCCGCAUUGGUGCCGAAAUCAGAGUGGUCGGUAACGAUGCUGGAGAAAAGCUCAGUAUCUUGUCUGGUGUCAUUUCAAGAUUGGACAGAAACGCCCCCGAGUACUCUGAAGGAUACUGCGAUUUCAACACAAACUACAUCCAGGCUGCUGCUGCUGCAAGUGGAGGAAGUUCGGGCAGUCCUGUCGUCAACGUUGAGGGUUAUGCUGUUGCUUUGCAGGCUGGAGGAAGACAAGAUGGUGCCGCGACCGACUACUUCUUGCCGUUGGACCGACCCCUACGAGCGCUGAAACUGGUUCAGAAGGGAGAAUUCGUCUCAAGAGGAAGCAUUCAAACACAAUUCCUCAUCAAGCCAUUUGAUGAGUGCCGCAGACUUGGCCUGACCUCUGAGCGUGAAGCCGAGGUUCGCGCCAAGUUCCCCAAGGAGACUGGUAUGCUGGUUGCUGAGGUCGUUCUGCCCAAGGGUCCUGCAGACAGCAAGAUUGAGGAGGGUGAUGUUCUGAUCAAGGUCAACGACGAGCUUCUCACACAAUUCGUUCGCCUGGACGACAUUCUGGAUUCAAGCGUUGGAGGCCAAGUCAAGUUGCUCGUGCAAAGAGGAGGUGAAGAGUUUGAAGCUACUAUCGACGUUGGCGACUUGCAUGCAAUCACUCCGGACCGCUACGUCUCGGCUGCUGGUGCUCUUUUCCACGAACUCUCCUACCAGCAAGCCCGAUUCUAUGCCGUCAGCCUCAAGGACAAUGGUGUGUACUGCUGUGAAUCCGGUGGCUCUUUCAGAUUCGAGGGCUGCGAAUUUGGUUGGCUGGUUCAGACUAUUGAUAACAAGCCUACGCCCAACCUUGACGCCUUUGUUGAGGUCAUGAAGGCUAUCCCUGACCGCGCUCGUGUCGUGGUCACCUACAAGCAUCUCCGCGACAUGCACACUCUCAACACCUCCAUCAUCACCGUCGACAGACAUUGGCACAGAAAAAUGUCUCUACACGUCAGAAACGACAAGACUGGCCUUUGGGAUACGACGACUCUCGCUGAGCAACUCCCUGCCGCCGAACCCCAACCUAAGAAGGCAAACUUCAUCCAGAUGGCCGGUGCACAACAUCCUGCUGCUGUCGACAUCGUACGAAGCUUCGUCAGAGUCUCGGUCAGCCUACCGCUCCGCUUGGAUGGAUUCCCUAAGGGCAGAAAGAUUGGCUUUGGUUUGGUCAUAGAUGCUGAGAAGGGUCUCGUCAUUGUGUCAAGGGCAAUCUUGCCAUAUGACAUGUGCGACAUCACCAUCACGGUAGCCGACUCGAUCAUCGUUGAUGGAAAGGUUGUUUUCAUGCAUCCUCUGCAGAACUACGCUAUCUUGCAGUAUGAUGCCAGUCUCGUACAGGCUCCCGUCAAAUCAGCUAAACUCGCCACUACACCUAUCAAACAGGGAGAGAGUACCAUCUUCUUCGGCUUCAACCAAAACUUGAGACCAGUGGUCGCUAAGACUGCAGUCACCGAUAUCACAUCAGUUGCCAUUCCAGCAAGCACAACAACUCCCAGAUACCGUGCUGUCAACCUGGACGCCAUUACUGUUGACACCAGUUUGUCCGAGCGUUGCGGAAGCGGUGUGCUCGUGGCUGAGGACGGAACUGUUCAGGCAUUGUGGAUGACAUAUCUCGGUGAACGCACCCCUAAUGGACGCGACCAGUCUUACCACCUCGGGAUGUCCACAUCCGCUCUUCAUGCUGUUGUUGAUGACAUCAAGAACGGAGACAGACCUCAAUUGCGUAUCCUCAACCUUGAAACACACAUCAUGCAAAUGAGCGAGGCUCGUAUUCACGGUCUAUCGCAAGAAUGGAUCGACCGAGUCGAAAAGGAGGACCCUGAGAGACAUCAACUCUUCAUUGUCCGCAAGGUCGAUUCUGACCAUCUUGGUGGUCUGAUGGAGGGUGACAUCAUUCUCACUCUCAACGACCGCCUUGUCACUCGCGUCACAGACUUCGAUGUCAUGUACAGAAACGAGUACCUCGACGCUGUUAUCCUUCGCAAGAGAGAGGAGAUCAAGCUCAAGGUUUCAACUGUGCCGACACAUGAGUUUGAGACUGACAGAGCCGUUGUCUUCUGUGGUGCUGUCCUGCACCGUCCUCACCACGCCGUGCGCCAACAAAUCAAGAAGGUGCACUCGGACGUUUACAUUUCUUUGCGCAUUGCAGGUUCACCAGCAUACAUGUACGGCCUCGCCCCUACAAACUUCAUUACACACGUCAACGGUGUACCCACGCCAGACCUCGACAAGUUUGUUGAGGAGACCAACAAGAUCCCUGACAACACCUACUUCCGUCUGAAGAUUAUGACUUUCGACAACCAACCUUGGGUUGCCACCAUGAAGAAGAACGAGCACUACUUCCCCACCAUUGAGUUCUUGAAAGACCCCAACGAGAAGGAGGGAUGGAGAAGAGUCACAUACGAACAUGGCAAGGUCAAGACGGGCCAGGGCGAUUUGCCUGAGGCCACUCAAGAAGCUGUGCCUGACAUUUGCGUCAAGAACGCAAUAUUUCGGACACAGUAG